UUAGUCAAUAGGUACCAAGCGAUGAGUGGUGGAGAUAGACAGAUGGGGCUCUUUCAUGGGAGAACAAUGGCGGGUGCAGAGGCUGGAAUGGGAGCAGAAGGUGGAGGAUUUGGAAGCAUCUACGGUCUGGAAUCUACUCAGAGGGUGUACAAUUCACUUGAUAUGCAGGUAAUAGGCGAUUACAAAAAUCUGGUAGACGGAUGCAACAGCAACCACACCACAUUGUCCACAUCUGACAUUGCGCCGUUGGAUGAUUCUACAUUGAAAGUUGGUCGUCUUUCACCUGAGGAGAGGAAGGAAAAGAUCCACAGGUAUUUGAAGAAGAGGAGCGAACGAAAUUUCAACAAGAAGAUCAAGUAUGCAUGUCGGAAAACUUUGGCUGAUAGCAGGCCUCGAGUCCGAGGGAGAUUUGCAAAGAAUGAUGAACAUGGAGAAGGAUCGACCAGAACAAGUUCCAGCAAUCACGAGUAUUUGGAUGAGGGAGAAGUGGCGGUAAUCAAGGAAGAAGACGACAUACUAAACUCCUCAGAUAUAUUCUCACAAAUCAAUGGCGUCAAUUCCUUCAACUAUAACUACACUAUUGAGUCCUGGAUAUAGCUGACAGUAACAUGAGAUAUAAAUCUUUUUUCCCCUCCCUUUUUUUCCUUCUUUUUUCUUCCUCCUUAAUUUUUCCAAGGAAAAAAAUAUGCAGCCAUACUGCAGUAGUUACGAACCUUG